AUGAAUGACGGUACACUCGUCAUUCGUGGAGAGAAGGUUCCAUCGCGAAAUGUAGGCGGUGAUGGUUUUGUUGUGCACCCAUCUGUCAUCCAUCUCGUCGAUUCUCAGGAGAUCCUGUCACCUCGUCUGGCCAUUCUUCGCCUCCGCCCUUUGCGCCAAAAACCCAUCAGUAUCAUCAACUGCUAUUCACCAACAUCAGCAGCUGAUGAUUCCGAAUUGGACGCGUUUUACGAGGAGCUGGAGGAAGUAGUCCACAACGAGAAGUCCUUUUACAAAUUCGUUGUCGGAGACUUCAACGCAAAACUAGGAAAGGCCACAGAAGAGGAAUACAGGAUUGGAAGAUUUGGACUAGGGGACCGGAAUGAAAAUGGCAAUCGUCUCGUCGGGCUGUUGUCCGCCACUCGCCUCUUUCAUGGGAACUCUCUUUUCAUGAAAAAGAUCAUCGUCGGUGGACAUGGGAAUCGCCCAAUGGCGCGACUCCUGCGGACGUCGGCCACAUACUCACCAACCGGAGGUGGUGUCUAA